CGGUCACGUGCUCGGCGCAGAGAAUCCUCCAGAUCAAAGAUGGCGGCGUACAUGAGAGUGUGGAGAUCCUCCAGCAGCAUGAUGAUCAGAGCCGGGAUUAACGCGCUGUUCCCCCGCCUCACGCUCAGCAGCAGCCGCUCCUACUCCAUCAUCCGCGGCAGACACUGUUUAUCCGCCGCCCGAAGAAGCGCAUCACUGACGGACCGGUGGAGCGGCGGUGGGUCUGCGGGCUCAGGGGGCUUGACGGGCGGCUGUCAGACGCGCUCGGUGUUCGGGAACAGGAGCAGUGGUUUCUCCGGGGAGGACGGCGCGGAGAGCAGCGGGGCGGCAGAUGGGGACGGUGGGGAUGAAGCACCGGACUCUCCGCCGCAGAUGAGCGCGCUCACGCCGAUGCUCGUGCCUGAGGUUUUUCCGAACGUGCCGCUGAUCGCCGUGAACCGAAACCCGGUGUUUCCGCGCUUCAUCAAGAUCAUCGAGGUGAAGAACAAGCAGCUGAUGGAGCUUUUAAGGAGGAAAGUGCGUCUCGCUCAACCAUACGCUGGAGUGUUUCUGAAGAGAGACGACAGUAAUGAGUCUGAUGUUGUGGAGUCUCUGGAUGCUGUUUAUCACACCGGGACGUUCGUUCAGAUCCACGAGAUGCAGGACCUCGGAGAUAAACUGCGAAUGAUCGUCAUGGGCCACAGGAGGAUCCGCAUCAAUAAGGCUCUGUCGGUGGAGCCGGAGGAGCCAGAGCCGCUGGAGGCCGAAGCAGAAGAGCAGAAAGCGUCCCGCAGGAAACAGAAACGUUCCCGCAGAGAGCCAGAGCCACUGGCCGAGCUGAUGGAGCAGACGGUGCGAGAGGCUGAUCUGCGGGUGGAGGCUCUUCCUCUGCCCUCAGUCCUCAUGGUGGAGGUGGAUAAUGUGGCCCACGAGGAGUUCCAGGUCACUGAGGAGGUCAAGGCUUUGACAGCUGAGAUCGUCAAAACAAUUCGUGACAUCAUCGCUCUGAAUCCUCUGUACAGAGAAUCUGUGCUGCAGAUGAUGCAGGCCGGUCAGAGAGUGGUGGAUAACCCCAUUUACCUGAGCGACAUGGGGGCGGCGCUGACCGGGGCUGAAUCACACGAGCUGCAGGACGUCCUGGAGGAAACUAACAUUCCUAAACGGCUCUACAAGGCCCUAUCUCUGCUGAAGAAGGAGUACGAGCUGAGCAAACUACAGCAGCGCCUCGGGAGGGAGGUGGAGGAGAAGAUCAAGCAGACGCACAGAAAGUACCUCCUCCAGGAGCAGCUGAAGAUCAUCAAGAAGGAGCUGGGCUUGGAGAAAGAGGACAAAGACGCCAUCGAGGAGAAGUUCAGGGAGCGGCUGAAGGACCGCACCGUUCCUCAGCACAUCAUGGACGUCAUUAACGAAGAGCUCAACAAACUGGGCCUGCUGGACAACCACUCCUCAGAGUUCAAUGUUACCCGUAACUAUUUAGACUGGCUGACCUCCAUGCCAUGGGGCACUAACAGUGAGGAGAACCUGGAGCUGCGGCGAGCCAAAGAGGUGCUGGAGGAGGACCACUAUGGAAUGGACGACGUCAAGAAACGCAUUCUGGAGUUUAUAGCGGUAAGCCAGCUAAGAGGCAGCACACAGGGAAAGAUCUUGUGCUUUUAUGGACCUCCUGGAGUUGGCAAGACCAGUAUCGCCCGUUCAAUCGCCAGAGCACUUAACCGCGAAUACUUCCGCUUUAGCGUAGGAGGAAUGACGGAUGUGGCGGAAAUUAAAGGUCACAGGAGAACAUAUGUUGGUGCAAUGCCAGGAAAGAUCAUUCAGUGUCUAAAGAAAACGAAGACUGAAAACCCAUUGGUCCUAAUUGAUGAGGUUGACAAAAUAGGUCGAGGAUACCAGGGUGACCCUUCUUCGGCACUACUUGAGCUCUUAGAUCCCGAACAGAACGCUAACUUUCUUGACCACUACUUGGAUGUUCCGGUUGACCUGUCUAAGGUGCUUUUUAUCUGUACUGCCAACAUUACUGACACCAUCCCUGAACCCUUAAGAGACCGAAUGGAAAUGAUAAACGUAUCGGGCUACGUUGCUCAGGAGAAACUAGCCAUUGCGGAGAAAUACCUGGUGCCCCAGUUGCGAACUCUUUGCGGGUUGGAUGAACAAAAGGUGAAAAUCAGCCCUGAGGCUCUAAACCUGCUCAUCAGACAGUACUGCAGAGAGAGUGGCGUCAGAAACCUUCAGAAGCAAGUCGAAAAGGUUUUCCGGAAAGUAGCGUUCAGAAUUGUCAGUGGUGAGGAAACGGCAGUCGAUGUCACAUCGAACAACCUUCAGGAUUACGUUGGAAAGCCUAUCUUUACUGUAGACCGAAUGUACGACGUCACACCGCCAGGAGUCGUCAUGGGCCUGGCAUGGACGGCAAUGGGUGGUUCAACGCUGUUCAUCGAGACGUCUCUGAGGAGGCCCAGAGAUCCGCCAGGGAAAGAUGGACCUAGAGACGGAUCUCUGGAGGUCACGGGGCAGCUGGGAGACGUGAUGAAGGAAAGCGCUAAGAUUGCGUACACGUUUGCUCGCUCAUUCCUCAUGAAGGAGCAACCAGACAAUGAGUUCCUCGUGGGCUCCCAUAUACACCUCCAUGUGCCUGAGGGUGCGACUCCUAAAGACGGCCCGAGCGCCGGAUGCACCAUCGUCACGGCUCUGCUAUCUUUGGCCACAAACACAGCGCUGCGUCAGAACGUGGCCAUGACCGGAGAAGUGUCCCUGACCGGCAAAAUCCUGCCUGUCGGAGGAAUCAAGGAGAAGACCAUUGCUGCGAAGAGAGCCGGCGUGACCUGCAUUAUCCUGCCGGCGGAAAACCGAAAGGAUUUCUCGGAUCUGCCUGAAUACAUCACUGAAGGCCUGGAAGUGCACUUUGUGGAAAACUACAGCGAGAUCUACAGCAUUGUGUUCUCCGCACCGAAAUGAGCAUUUUAUUAUGGAAGAGUCUUUGUUUACGAAGCACUUCUGAUUGAGGAAAUCCCGGACUGAUUGUGUUUUAUCCACAGAAGGAGAAGUCUGAAUGAUGAACGAUUGCAUCGUGAUUCCUGAAGCGUUCGAGACUCUGGGGUCCUGCCGUCGCUGCCGCGCAGCCUUUAUUGACACUUUUUAUAUUCAUUUCAGCUCAUCUCAUCACGUGUCAUAAGUGUAAAUAUCUGCCUUAAAUGUAUUUCUCUCAAAUCUUCUACAAUAAAUAUAUAUAUAUUAUGAAA